AUGGCAAGAAACUUACCCCAGCAAAGCGAAUUCCCAUCAGUGCCGUCCUACUCAGCCACGCAUGUUAGAAGCGAUGGAGGAAUUCAUAAUAAUAUACAGGCUUGUAGUCGGGCUUUGUCUGAGUGGGAUAAAGCUAUAUUUGGUAAUGUGCGGUAUAAGCUAGAAUGGAAACGUAAAGAGCUUGCAGAAGCCUAUGUGGAUAGCUCCAACCCGAUACGUUUAGAGGAAUGCAAAAAAGAGUUAGAUGAUUUAUUGCGACAGGAAGAAGUGAUGUGGAGGCAAGAUAAGGUGUUGGCCUCAUUUCCUUGUCGUGUCAAUGAUCAGAUGAGGGCUUCGCUUGAUGCAACUUUUUCUGCAGAUAAUGUUAAAGAGGCGGUGUUUCAGAUGCAAGGUGAUAAGGCGCCAGGUCCUGAUGGUUUUUCACCAACCUUUUAUCAAAAAUGUUGGUCUAUCGUUUGUAAGGAUGUAACAGAAUUUGUUCUUAAUUUUUUGAAUACUGGUGAAAUUUUGUCCAAUAUUAAUCAUACCAACAUUGUUCUGAUUCCUAAAGUUGAAAAUCCUAGAACUAUGAAGGAUUUUAGACCUAUAGCUUUGUGUAAUGUCAUUUUCAAAAUAAUUUCCAAAGUUUUGGCUAAUAGACUUAAGUUAGUUCUUCCUCAAAUUAUAGGUGAGAGUCAGAUUGCUUUUGUACCGGAAAGAAUGAUUUAUGACAAUGCCUUGAUUGCGUUUGAAACCAUUCAUUUCAUGCGUAAUAAAAGAUCUGGUAAAAGAGCGCAUUUAGCUCUUAAAUUGGAUUUAAGCAAGGCCUAUGAUAAGGUAGAAUGGAAUUUUCUAGAGAAGUGUAUGUAUAGGUUGGGUUUCUCGUCUAGGUGGGUGAACUUGGUCAUGGCUGGAGUUCGAUCAGUUUCCUAUUCGAUACUGAUAAAUGGACAACAAAGUGAUACGUUUUGCCCUACUAGAGGAAUCCGUCAAGGGGAUCCUUUGUCUCCUUAUUUGUUCUUGUUUUGUAUGGAGGUUCUCUCCUGUUUGAUAACACAUGCGGAAGAUCGAAAUUUACUCCAUGGCAUAGCAAUAAAUAGAGCUGCACCUAGGAUUUCACAUCUAUUUUUCGCAGAUGACAGUAUCUUGUUUCUGAGGGCUUCGUUACAAGAGUGUGAAGCUGUUUUGAGUAUCCUGCACGAUUUUGAACAGGCAACGGGGGAGCAAGUAAAUAUCGAUAAGUCAGCUCUUCUAUUUAUUUCAAAUAUCUCUUUAGCCCUUAAAGAUAGAAUUAUGCGACGGUUAGGAGUGUCUCGGGUGUUGGAGAGGGAUAAAUAUUUGGGCUUACCUAUUAUGGUUGGUAAGAACAAGAAGCGUGAGCUUAAUUUCAUCAAAGAAAGAUUACUUCAUCGAGUUAAUUCUUGGUGUAGUAAGCUAUUUUCCAUUGCUGGAAAGGCUGUUAUGAUCCAAUCUAUUGCUCAGUCUGUACAUAUAUACCUAAUGAGUGUCUUUCGUUUCCCUAAGAGCUUUAUCCAUGAUCUCAAUAUGAUCCUAGCUAAAUUUUGGUGGGGAGGCACGAAUGAGAAUCGGAAAAUACAUUGGAAGGCUUGGGACGAUAUAUGUGUAUCGAAAUUAGAUGGUGGGCUAGGUUUCCGGGACUUUGAAGCUUUCAAUUUGGCUUUAUUAUCAAAGCAAUGUUGGAGGCUGAUACAUAAUCCGGAUUCACUUUGUAGUCGGAUCUUAAGAGCCAAAUAUUUUCCGCAAGGAGAUUUUUUUAAAGCUUCACUUGGACACAACCCCUCUUUUAUAUGGAGAAGUCUCUUGGAAGGCCGAAAGGUCAUAAGAGCAGGAUCACGAUGGAGAAUAGGCUCGGGUAAUAUUGAUUUUUGGUCUGGAAAUUGGUUGUCUAAGGGUCCUUGUUCCAACCCCAGGCCAAGAGAUGGUGUAGUUCCUUCGGAGCUCAGGGUAGCAGAUAUGAUGAAUUUUGAGGAACAAUGUUGGCGGGUUGAGGAGCUUAUGGAUUUGGUUGAGGAUGAUGAUAUUAGCCGAAUCUUGUGUUUGCCCAUUCCAAGAUCACCGGGAAGGGAUACUUUGAUUUGGGAUGGGAAUUCUACAGGGAACUUCACAGUGAAAUCAACCUAUUUUGUGGCGCGACAACAGCUGGGUUAUGAUAUAAAUAUCAAUGUUGAGAGUCGGAAAUUAUGGAGACGAGUUUGGUACUCAUCCAUUCCUCCAAAGAUCCGUUACUUUACCUGGCGGUUAAUUGGGAAUUUACUACCUUUGAAAGCAAACUUGCAACAACGUGGAAUGGAUGUUGAUGGUUUAUGUGUCGUUUGUGGACUAAGCGAAGAAUCUGUUGGCCAUAUCUUUUUUAAUUGCUGCUUUAGUCGACGGAUUUGGGAAACAGUGGCGCCAUGGUUAUUACCUUAUAUAGAGCAGUUGCAGACUACAAAUGAGUUUUGGAUUGACUUAAUUGGAAAAGCUUUUGAUUUAGGACAAUUGGAAAUUUUAUUGAUUUUCUUUUGGUCCUUGUGGAGGAAUAGAAACGAUUGUUUGCACUCUUCAUUCUCGGCUUCUCCGACAUCGAUGAUUUAUAAAGCUGGAGCUUUAUUGCAACAGCUUGAAUAA